GAGAGCGCAGCGCUCAGCACUGAACUGAGUGCGCGCUAGCUGCCAGCGCUCCAAGAUAAUUCACAAAAAAGCUACCAAUAAAGCUACUAGCAUUUUCCAAACAACCAACACUGACAACAACAAUAGUUAAACAAAGUUUUUGGGGCAGAGAGUGAGCGGCUGUGAGAGAGUAUUGAACAAUUAACACGCACAUUGCGCUGAGAUUGAUAUUUGGGGUUCAGCUGAUUGCCAAGAUUUCUUAGCAGCGAGUCAUGGCAUUUUCACGGCGGGUUAAAUAACAGUAAAGCGUAGUGUAAGCUUUUGAACUGGUAACACACACACCACCACUGAGCCAGCCAGUUAGACAGCAAGCAGGCGAGAACCACAGCCAUAACGACGACAACGAAAAUGAAGAGUUGAUGAGUUGCGUGGAAAAAGGCCAGCAAAAUUAAGGUAACACUCGCUAGCAACUGGCAGUGUGUGGUGAAAAUCGGACGCGAGCGGCAGACAAUGUCAUGACAAGAGGACCGUCAGGCAGCCAGCUAGCAGUGAAAAUAAAAAUGCAUAAUUCGCUGAAAACAUCAAAGUGACGCAAAAAUAAUAAAAGAAAAAUUUAGCAAGCCUUGCGAACAAGAAGCAGCAGCAUCGAAGAAAGCAAGAAAAUGUGUUGAAUAAUUGAAAAAAAAAAGAAUUUGGUGAAAAGAAAAGAAAAUAUUUUUAAUAAUUGCAAGCGCGUGUGAGCCAAAUAAAAAAAGAUAUCAAGCAAUUGUCUCGUUUCUGCAUGAAAUUGCUAACAAAGUUGUGUAUAGUUGUAUGUAAUCGGUAUAUGCGCUUAACCUAGAAAUCGCAAAAGUAUUUAGCAAAAAGAAAAUAUAUAUUAUAAUAAAUUUUUUAGCAUACAAAUUUAUUUAAAAAUCAUAUGUAGUAUAUAUAUAUAUAUAUAUAGAAUAUAAGUGUGUAUACAGUGUGCAUUGUGCAGAAAAACGCAAGCAAAGCAGAAGCAAUAGCCGCAAAGCAUUCAAAUAAAUUAAUCGAUAACGCUAUGUCAAUGGAAAGCAAUACCCCGGUGGAUCCCAGAGUGCAGGUUGAGCUAGAGAAACUAAACACAGCAACAGACAAUAUCAACAAAUAUGAAGUGGAACUCGACGAGGCAAAAUGUGAUUUCAAGCGUAUCUUGGCGGAGAGCGAGGUGCGCAUCAAGCAGGCCGCACACAAAUUGGGCAACUCCAUCGAGGCGGCGAAACCCUACUACGAGUCGCGUAUCUAUGCAGCGCAAUUGGCAAAGGAGACACAACAAGCGGCAGUCAAUUACGAGAAGGCCAAAUCAAUACAUUGCGCUGCCAAGGAGAUGGUCUAUUUGGCCGAGCAGGGGCUGGGUGAGAAAGCGACGUUGGACACCGCCUGCCAAGAAAUGCUCAGUCAUGCUACCACCAAAGUGAAUCAGUCACAGGUGGAGGUGACGGAUGCUCGGAAUACGCUGAAAAUGUGUCAACUCAAGUUGGAAGUGGCCAAUAAUCGAGUGGGUAAAUUGCAGGGUCAACUAAAGCAAGCAAUACGCGCGUCGAGACCCUUCUACGAGGCGCGCGCCAAUUAUAACGGACUGCUGAAAGCGCAAAAGCAAAAAAUCAAUGAACUUGAAAGCAGAGUGACCGAGGCGAAAAUGACUUACAACGAGGCGUUGAAGAACCUCGAACAGAUCUCUGAAGAUAUACACCGACAGCGGCAGGAGCAACGCGACCUGCUCAAUGACACACUCUUGCCACAGCUGUGCGCUGUCAAUAAUGUCGCGCCAACGGCGCAAAACUAUCAACACUUUUCAUGCGAAGAGCUGGACACAGCCGAGGAGUAUCUGCAAUUGCCCGCCAAGCUCAGCACACAGUCCAGUCCAGUGCAUCAGCGACGCUUCGACGAGCACGAAUGUCCACACUUGCUGCAAGACUUUCCAACGCUCAAUCUGAGGGAGAAACUCUCCACAAACGGCGGCAUGCACAAGUCGGCCAGCACCAGCGACAGCCUCUUUGGCCAUACACCACUGCACGGACCGUACGAGAUGAAGUCGAGCGGCAACAGCAGCAGCGGCGGUGGCGCCGGCAGCGGUAGCGCGCACGACGCCAGCUCCAGUACCGGCGCUGACGCAGACGACAAUGACGAUAUUGAGCAAUGGACUGAGAUACGACUGUCGCACUCGGAGAGCACAAGUUCCAGUUACUCCAACCAGUCACUGCUGCACGAUCAGCCAGGCGGCGGCGCUGAGGAUGCGCAAUCGCAUCACUCAUCAUCCUCCUCCUCGGAUGAGCCGAAACGCAAAGUCACCUGUACGACGAUCUUUCACGAAGAUCAGCUAAACAAAAAACAGAGCUUAAGCCAAUGGCUGUCGCGUUCGAACAGCUUAAAGAUGUCUGGCCGACGCCAGAGUCUCGAUUUGCUAAUCGAUGCGGGCGAUAAGGUAAAGGAUGUAUUUAGUUUCGGUUUCCAAAGGGUGGGGAAAUCGCUGGAGCGACGCAACAGUGAAUCGGAGAUGAACGCUGAGAAUGCGGACGGCAAUACGAGCGGUGCGACGGCCACGGGCGCGACAAGCGGCGGCAAAACCACAUCGGCCGGCGAUUUCUUCCUCUUCUCCAGGUCGUCAGAGCCGAAAGAGCUGCUCUCCGACGAGCAGGUCGAGAAUUUAUUGUUGAAUCCCAGCCUGGAUGAGAAUGGUGUGAUAAUUGUUGAGCAACUUAAAUCGCCGUUACAACAGCCAAAUCCAUAUGGCAUGGUUGCCACGCCGACCACUACUACAACCACAACCACUUUGCUCUUCUAAGCGUUUAUUAGCGUUAAAAAAAAAACAAUAUUUAAUGAAAAGUAGCAGCAAUUUUCGUCUUAGAAUUCAUACAAAUAGUUUAAGCAUCCAAAUUGGUAAUAUGAGAACAUGAGAAAACAUAUCAUUUAUGGGAUUUUGAAGCUUGAAAAAUAUGCUAUGAAAUAUGCUGCGUUUAUGCAAACCAUACUAUAUAGUUAUACGAAUAAUAUUACGGUGGGGUUAGCAAAUUAGCAAAUUAGCCAAAAUUGUAUGAAUUCAAAUUUCUUUAAUUAUUUUUUUUUUUGUAACACAGUUGCAUUUACAGUACAAUAUUCUUACGUAAUUACAAAAUUGUGUACUUUAUAGCAAUAAGUAUUUAUUUAAAAGAUUAAAUUAAUUAAUUAAACAAAUUAAUGCAAUUUUUUAAGUAGAGCGUGAAGUGAUAAAUGCAUUUUCAGUUAAAUAAUAAAAUAAUUUGCAUACAACUGCUUGAACUAAGCUUAAAAAUUAUUUACAGAGAUCAACAAUUGUAAUUUCAUAUAUGGUAUAUGUCUAAUUAUUGGCAUAAAAACUAAAAAAACUUCGCUACAACAAGCUACAAAAAACAUAAGCUUUUUCAGCGCUAAUUUACAAUUUUUUGUGUAUUUUCUUUAUCUAAUUUUACAAAUUGACACAACAAAUUCACAAAAUGUGACUUUUUAUUAACUAAAUUUAUAUGUGUGAACGCAUAUUUAUGCUGGAAGCAUAGUUUAAGCGCCACUAAGCAUAAGCGUUGUAAGUUUGUGCGUACAUAAAGCUAAUAAAGCUAUUUUUAUGCGUACAAAAUUGAAUUAAAAUAUAAAGUAUACCUUAAUUACUACAAUAAGUGAGCUACAAUGCAAAAUAAUUGACUACCUAGACAUUAUUUACUUAUAAUAUGUACUUUUCAAUUGCGUGUUCGACGCAUGUGGUUGUUUUACUAGUCAUUUAUAAAUUAUAUACACAAGCGAUAAGGCAGAAGAACUCUGUGAGCAUUAUUUAUAAAAAAAAAAAAGAAUUUAAUUAAUAAAAAUAUUUAGCAGUGAAUAUUUAAGCAAAAUAUAUAAUUAUGCAUACAUACAUAUGUAUAAAUUUUUAAAUCUUAAAACAAACAAAGGAAAUCGUUUACAAACAAUAAAUACAGUUUACAUAUACAUACAUAUGUAUAUAAGUAUAUGUCCUACUGAUGAAACUGUUAUAACUAUAUAUGUAGUGUAAUGCCUAAACAUAAUAAAUAUUACAUCAAAUUAUGACUUCAUGAUAUUAAAUUACAAAUUGCAUAAAUUUAAUACAUUUAAAUGUACUAAAGCAUAAAAAAUGCAAAAACUAGGAGUUUGUUAGCGGAAUCAGCGUUGAUUUCGUAAAUUUAAAUACAGAGCAGCAAUGGAAAUAUACAAAAAAUAAUAUAUAUACAUACUUACAUAAAAA